AUGAGUCAACUCUUCUUGCGAGGAGUGCUACCGGCACUCCUCCUCGUUUCACCGCCCUGGCCCAUGGAGGCCACGAAAACGUCCCCGAAGGCGAAGCCAUCUCCUUGGAGCCGAUCGUACGACUCGACGUUAUGGAUUCAUAUCAUUCUGAUGGGAUUUGCCUUUGGCAUCCUUUUUCCGCUGGGCAUGGUUCUCGGGAUCGUGCGCUCGCGGUGGCACGUUCCUGUUCAGAUUGUCGCUACCUGUAUCGCCGUCGUCGCCUAUUUCCUCGGUCACGCCCAUAAAGGCCGCCAGUUCGGGAAGAACGCCCAUCAUUCUUUCGCAAACGUCCUGAUGCUCAUGAUGGCCGUGCAAGUCGUCUUCGGCCUCUACCUCAAACUCCACAUCACGAAAGGCAUCCACGGACGCAUCCGCCGCGUUUUCGUCGUUGCGCACGGGGUGCUCGGAAAGGCGAUGCCGGUGGUCGCUUGGGUCCAGAUGGUGUUUGGGGGGAUCGCGGCGCUGGGUUUCUGCCAGGAUGACCAUAUGGGACAGUGUUUGGCCCACUUCAUCAUGGGUAGCGCAUUCAUCGCGUACGGAAUCCUGCUCACCAUCCUCCUCCUGGUGGGCCAGUACUGGCUGCGUCGCACGGGCCGGAGCCAGGAAUUCUUCGACUCGUUGAUCAUCGCCGCCUGGGGGUGCGUCAACACCUUUACCGAGCACCGAUGGGGCGGCCCUUGGGUCCACAAUGACCUGCAGCAUACCACCAUGGGCAUUGUCUGGUGGUGCGCGGGUCUCCUAGGUAUCUGGCUGAGUCGCAACCGGGACGGUGGCCCCAAGCGUAACCUGAUGCCCGCCAUUGUCAUCCUCUUGACCGGUUAUGCCAUGUCCGCGCACACGCAGCACCUGAUGAUCAGCACCAUGGUCCACUCCAUCUUCGGCUACACGCUGAUGGCGGCUGGUGCGGCCAGAAUCGUCGAGAUCUCGUUUGUCCUAAAGGACAAGCCCACCCUAAGUCCCAACGGCUCGAACCCGCACAGUUUCCAAUUCGUGACACCAUUUAUGCAACUUCUCGACCAGGCCGGGGUCAUGCACGUGUCCUAUAUCCUCAUCUUGUACAGCAUUGCAUUCCUCCUGUUCCUGUUCGUCAACGUCCUUAUCCACAUCUACGCCCUAACCCCGCCUGGGCGGCGCCGUUGUCCACCAUCCCAACGGCCCGCCGCCUCCGCCGCGAAGCGCAGCAAGCUGCACGACGCGGAAGCCUUCGACUGA